AUGGCACUGUUAGAUGCUAGACAAACCGUGGGAAGUUGGACGGGGCUUUUGGAAGCUACGUUGUCUUGGUUGGGUCCUCUUCAGCGGGACUACGAACAGUUUCCGGUUUUGUCGCGAUCGACUUUCUCCGAGUUGUUACGGAGCCAAGUUAACAUCCUCUCUUUGGAGCACCACAUUCAGCUGCAGCAGCUGCACCAUAUGGGAGAGGUAUUCUGCAUCCAAGAUUUAGUUGUGAUAUCUGUGUCUUGGUUAGGCUUGCAGCUUCUAGGCGAGCUUUUCUCUGUUGAUUUCUUCCUGCAUGCCAGAGUGACGGGAGUGUAUACGACGGACGAUUUCCAAGCCAGUUUCAAUCAGUGUGACGCUUUAGGGGCCUUAGAUUUACUGGAAGCUUUGGAUGUUUGCGUUCAGUGUGACAUCGACGGCGAGAUCGAAUACGAAUUUCCGAUUUACAACCACACAGAAACGAUAGAAGGGUUGUGGGAUCCCGAAGACCCGAGGUACUCGACCCAAGGGGCACAGUACGGUGGCAUAAGAUUAUACACCCCACCGGGAACGUACCAUUUGUUCAAAUCGAUUUUCCCGCAUAUCCAAGUCGAGUUGCGUCGAGCGACUUUAGCGAACUAUAGUAACAAUGACAGCGAUACCGAUCUGUAUCAGUGGCACUUGGGGUCGAAGUUGUGCAACUCGGAGUUAGAGAGUCUGAUCACUCUCGAAGAAGACGAAGUGGCUUUACAAUAUAUCGAAAUAAAAAUAAGGGGACCAAAUCAUACGUCGCAAUAUUGUUUUUAUUUUUUGGAACAAAUCAUGCAAACUGUUAAUCAAGCACUGUUGAGGGUUUGUCCAGGGUUGUUGGUGGAGAAGCACAUUUUGAGUCCGUUCGAACUCAAGAAUCACUCGGGAGCUCCGUUUUGCUACCAACCGGACGUUAUCACCGCUGCUAUGUUGGAAGCGGAGUCGACUCUUGACAUAGCUCUGUACAAUCCAAACAUCGACGGUCAAGAAACGAUUGUCCAGAUGAUCAUGUUCGAUGAGAUGGAGUUGGCUGGAAAUAUCCACUGGGGUUGCGCUUUACGAAUCCAAGAUCUUUCGUCUUUCGUCAAACUCAAACUCAGCUGUUUACUGGACCCUCCGGAACCUCACGGACGCGAUUGGUGUCUUCUAGCCCUCCGAUUGGGUCUCUGCCAAGACAAAAUAGCAGCUCUGGACUCCCAACAUUCCAGCCACACCAUGCGUCUACUCACAACCGCCGAUUGUUCUAUAGGUGCUCUUAUAACCAGUUUGCAUGAGCUAGACCGACUCGAUGCAGCAGAAGUCGUCCUCCGUUCCGCACCCAUAUUUAAAAUCAUAGAGCAUGUCAGUGUUUAGACAUUAGACAUUUUUUAGAACUAUUCUAAAGCUCAAGUCCCGAUUCUUUGAUUCUUGAAUUUUUAAAAAGUCCAAUCAAAAAAUUUCUAUUAGUUAGAUGCUUCUACCGUCCUUUUUCUAUCCACUAACCCUUUCUUUAGAUUAACACACAGCG